AUGCCAAUUAUUCCAUCUGUAGACUCAACGUUAAAGCACUUGUUUCAACUCAUCGACAACUACGAAGAUGUUUUCUACUUCCAACGGCAACCGAAAGCAGAAAAGGUCCGGGAGCUUUACACCACUCAUGCUCUUAACCACGCCUUAAAGUACGGUCUUAUGUAUGAUUUCAGUGUCCCCGUUCAGGUCGAGAAAGUUGGUUAUGAAGAAUAA